AACCUCCCUCUAACAUGGAUGAACUUAGAUUUUCGUCUAGUUUUAGAAAUUUCUGCUACUUAACGAUUUCUUACUUUCUCAACUAGCUAUAAAUAGAUAGGAGUAACACCCUUUUGUUUAUAUUGAUCUGGGUGAGAGUGUGGUACAUAAACCAGCAAUGGACAAGGCACGAUUCGGGUUUUUCUUCAUGUUGCUCAUUCUCCUUGCUUCUGAGAUGAUGGUUGAAACGGAAGGAAGACACUGUGAGUCAAAGAGCCAUCGAUUUAAGGGGAUGUGCGUCAGCCACCAAAACUGUGCUUCGGUUUGCCAUGUUGAAGGCUUCACUGGUGGCCACUGUCGCGGAUUUCGUAGACGCUGUUUCUGCACCAGGCACUGUUAGUUGCUCCAUGCAAUUUCAUCUCUCGUUGCUCUUUUCACGUUACCCGUUAUGUUUGCCUAGGUUCAGUUGGGUUCGUUUCAUGUGUUUUGGUUUGGUUUGUCACUUCAUGUUGCAGCUUUAGCGUUGUAUGUUUCGUUUCGUGGCACCAAAAGAAGUGAAAUUACACUUUCUUUCUUGUUAUAUUGUUGCUGCUUCUGGUGCUACUAAGAUGUUCUUGUUUGAAAAUUUUGAGAUUUUGUUCUUGAAGAUACCUGACAUGUUCAAAUUUUAUAGUAUCUAAAAAUGAUUCGCUCUAA